AUGACAGCAAUCAGCUCUUCAACAAUCGAAAAUCUUCGCAGUCGCCUGGCGACCGCGAAUGUCUUUACUCCAGACUCCGAAGGAUACAACGAAAGUCUUAUUCGAUGGUCCGAUACGGGCAGGAAGCAAGCAGGAGUGGUAAUUCAACCAGUGGAUGUCGCAGAUAUUCAAGCUGCGCUACUUUGGGCCCAGGAACACUCCGUGGACAUCGCCGUGAAGGGUGGUGGGCAUUCGACUGCUGGAACAAGCUCGAGUGAGGGUGGUUUGGUUAUUGACCUCUCACGGAUGACGAAUGUUUCCGUAGACGUCGUCAGCAAGACUCUUACAGCUCAAGGUGGUGCGACUUGGAAGGAGGUCGAUGAGGCUGGAGCAGCUCACGGUCUGGCGACCGUUGGAGGGACUGUAAAUCACACUGGCAUCGGUGGACUGACCCUUGGCGGUGGUUACGGCUGGCUCAGUGGCCAAUACGGCCUCACGAUUGACAAUCUUCGGUCGGCUCGAGUGGUACUGGCUGACGGCAGCUUGGUGACAGCCUCUGCGACUGAGAAUCCUGAUUUAUUCUGGGGAUUGCGUGGUGCAGGAUACAACUUCGGAGUUGUCGUGGAGUUCACCUACCAGGCAUACGACCAGAGUCCACUGGUAUACUCGGGAGUCCUUGGGUUUUCUUCAGACAAGCUCGAAAAGAUCAUUGAGCAGCUCAACAACACUCUAGCAAAUCCCGAUUCCCGGUCGGGAGCAAUGUGCAUCUUCGCCCAAGCACCGGAUGGGUCAGGCCCGAUGAUCAUCGUGAUCUGUUUCUACAAUGGCACCCGUGAAGAGGGGCAGGUCCGCUUUUCCGGGUUCUUGGCUCUGGAGCCCCUCCUCAACACUGUGGAUAUGAUCCCUUACUCGGUGGUGAACACACUGCAGAACCCCCAGGCCACGUAUGGUGAUCGCAAGUCCUUCAAGGGCAUCUUCUACGAGCCCCCGCUGGAUCCUGGCUUCAUGCGAAGUGUAUUUGAGGAGUUCAUGGCCAAGCUUCAAAGUGAUGUGGAUCUGAUGCCGUCCGCCAUUAUUCUUGAGUUUAUUGAUAUGCGCAAGGUCUGCGAGACGCCUUUAUCUGCCACUGCGUUUGCAAGUCGCAAUAUGACACAGAAUGGUAUUCUGUACCUGCGCUGGACCGACCCGGCAAAGGAUUUGGAACAUCGUACCUGGGCGCGUGGUGUCCAGGCUAAGUGGAAGGCUGAGUUGGUGGCAAGGAAGAGAGACUUGGAGAGUGCCAAUGAUGUACCUCAGUAUAUCAACUACGCUGAACCGGGCGACUCCGUCGUGACUAACAUCUAUGGUGAGAACUUGGCCCGUCUCCAAUCGAUCAAGGCAAAAUAUGAUCCAAGAAACGUGUUCCACAAAAUGCACCCCAUUCCAUUAUCCAUUGAAGGCGACUCAGAGAAAUAA